AUGAAUAUGUUAAGCUCUUAAAUGCCUGAAGAUCAAAGGAUCUGUGAAAUUCAUUAACUUAAGGUUACAGCAAUAGACCUAGAUUUAUCAAAUAAUGGAUUAAUUUGUUAUUUGUGUUCUAAUUGUUUAAUUGAGAAAAUGAAUAAUAAAAAAAUAUCAACAAUUAAAUAAACAAAAGAGAGGAUUUAAUCAUUUAAAGCUUAAAAAUAAGAAAAAAAAAACUAAAUCAUUCUAAAUAAUAUUAGAAUAGUAUUAAACAAUAAUGUAAUCAAUUAUGGAGUUCAAAUUAUAAGUUGAUAAGAUUUUGGAGGAGAUCUAAAGUCAAUUUACAAUAAAAAUACAACUAUUGAAGAAGAACAAUACUUUUCAUAAGAAAAUUUUUAAGCUCCACUUAAUUUCAUUUAUGAUGUUCAAUUAUCACAAUUUAUUUCAACUUCAAAAAAUCAAAUGAACUUUAAAAAGAUAUUUAAUUUAUAGAUGAAAUUUGUAAAUAAUUUGAGCUCAUUACUAAUAAUGGAACAUACAGCGAAAUUUUUUCAGCUUUAAAGGGUGCUAAAUAGAAAAUAACAGAAAUUAAUCAAAUUGAAAUACUGCCUAUUUAAUGUAAAAAUAAUAAAGUAAGAUUUAUAUAUUGAUUAAGAAAACAUUAAAUUUAAAGAUCCUUUGUCAAAUACAUGAUAAUAGAUUCUAAAAAUAAAAAGUUAAAAGAUAGAUUUGCGUGCGGUGAAUGUAUUUGCGAUAAUCUCUAAUGCAAAUAUAGCACUAUAGAAAAAGUAAAUUAGUCAUGGAAUGAUAAAAUAAAACAACAAGAUAAACUUAUAAAUGAAUUAAAGGUAAAGAAGUAAAAAAAAUAAGAAAAAUUGAAUGAAAAAAUUAAUAAAAUGAGAAAGAAUUGCAAUUAAUAAUUAAAUAAAAUUAGUGAGAAAUUAUUAAGUGAGUUGACUUAACCAAUAAUUCAAACGAAUGAGAUAAUUUAGUUUAAAUAAACUAAUCUAGAAUAAUUCAGUAAUGAUGAAUUAUUUAAAAAUAUAAAUUAUUUGAUUCAAUAAUAAGAUAGAGAAAACCUUACUUAAUAUUCAAAAAUUGAUAAUAUGAUGACUAGUGACUCUUUAUUUUUCAAAGUUAUUGAAAACAAAUUCGAACAAUUAAAAUAGCAUGAUUUAAUAAACAUUUAAGAGUCAAUUAAUAGUUUACUUGAAAAAUCAAGUAUCAAGAAUUUUUUAUUAUUAGAUGAGAAUUAACUUCAAGGAAUUAUCUUAAUAUCACAAUAAAUAUAAGAGAGUACAAAAGCAAAUUAAGAAUAAUUAAUGAGAAAACAAGAGUUAGAUGAAUUUAUUAGUUCUUCAAAAUAAAUUUAUUGCUAAAUGGAUAUAUUUAAUUAGACAAUUUCUUAAUUUUAAAAGAAUUUAAAACAAAUUAAUUCUAUCAAAGAUAAAAUUAAAUCAGUUUCAGAACACUAACAUUUUAUUAACUUAGAAAAAUAAUUUCAAGAUUAUCAGGAAUAGUGCGAAUAGGAUUUCUAAGAAUUGAAGAAAUUUUGUGAAAUGGAGGAAAUUAUAAAAAAAUUGUAAUUAGAUUAUAAGUUAUUGUAAUAAAAGGGUAAAAUAAUUUAGGAAACUAUAAAGAGAACAAGUAAAAGACUAAAAUUAAGGAGCUUGAUGCAUUAAUCAAAGAUAUACAAAUAAAAUUGACAAAUAAAAAAGAUGAUUAUGACAUAUAAAAUGAAAAUUUGAAGAAAGAAAAAAUAAUUAUGCUUAAUGUAAAUAAACAUAAUAAAAUGAAAUUGAAUUACUUUAAAAAAAGCUUAAAAAUUAGGAUGACUAAUUUAGAACAAUUCAAUCAAAGUUUGAUUAAUUAGGAUUAAAUUUAAAACUUAAUUUACUUUAAGAUUAUUACUGGGUAAAACUAUUCAAAAUUUUAGAAUUAUAAAUUAUUAAAAAAAUAAAAAUUCAGUUUUAUUUUAUUAAGGAACAAAAAUGGAUUAGAAAGUUAAUAAUUUAGGAAGUACAUGAAUGGAAGAGACAAUUUACUUAUGAUAUUUCAAUCAAAAAGUGAUUAAAUCUUUGGAGCAUAUUUUCCUUGUAAAUGGAAAUCAUGUAAUGGGAAGUUCGUCUAAGAUAAUACAUUGUCAUCUUUUAUGUUUCCAUAAAAUCAUGAUCAAGUUUAUCCUUUGAAGUAGAAUCAAAAAGAAUAUGCUAUAUAUUGUAAUUCACAAUUAGAACCUACGUUAUGUUAUGGCCAUAUUGGAAUAGAUAGCAAUUUUUCAUUUUGCUAUUCUAGAUUAGGUAGAUCAUAUUAAUUUGACUAAUUCAAUUAAAAACAGGAUUUUUUGGAUGAUGAGAAUGAUAAGGAAUAAGAGGAUAAUGAGAAUGAAGAGGAUAAUGAGGAUAACGAGGAUUGUGAGAAUAAUUAAUAUUUAUUUGGAUAAAUGAAUCCAGAAAUAAUAGAAAUGUGA